GCCUCGCUCGCCCCUCUCAGAGCUGCUGCUGCUCUUCGCUCGCCCGUGCCUCUGUGUGGUUCCCGAGGAGAGAGAGGUUCGCUGCCCACAGAGUGAUGCUGUUUACGCUGCGGCAUCAUGGGAGCUGUAGUUUCCCAGGCAGCGCAGGAGGACAGCUGAUUGGCAGAGGGACUGUGGGUCAUCAGAGUUUGGGGAUGUGAGCUGGUGGGCGGACGAGGCUCAGCAAACUCUCUCUCUCUCUCUCUCUCUCUUUUCUCUUUGUCUUCCCAUUCUCUUGCUCUCUAUUUGACCCUUGCUCUCCCCCAUUCCUCCCUCUACACCUCUCUCUGUAGAUUCUCAGUCUGUCCUUCUCUCCCUCUCGGUCUCACCAUUCUUCUGUUGUUACCCUUCGUCCCUGCAUCUGUCUCCCUCCUCCGAACUUCUGCCCAUCGAGGAGAAGUCAGGAUGGGUUGUCGCUUCACUCGGAUCAAGGACAAGACUCGAGAGCCUCCUCCUCCCCGACACCGAGAGGAGCUGCACUACGUGGACGAGUAUGGCCAGCCAAUCAUGGUGCAGGUGGAGGGGAGACGGGGACGAGGGGACAGGCGGCGCCGCUCCCGUUGUGCCAAUGAGUGCAGCGCUCCCACCGAGCGGCACUGGGAGGCCCUGAGAGCCAUGGGCCUGAUGGAGGGGGAGGAAGGUCAGGGAGACGCCUACAGCGCAGGGCCCUACUAUGGUCACAUGACCGCGUCACCUGACCGUUACGCGGCCAAUAGACGCAUGAUGGUUCCUCCUGAUGUCUACGCUGCCAGCGGCUUCCUGCCCAGGUCCUCAACCGAGCAGCACCCGGGGAGCAGCUACCUGCCGACCGUGUCCUACAGCUUGGAUCACCUGGACAGACUCGACUACCAGGCUCCAGACAUGUCUCCCUACCAGCCGAACUCAGAGAGCUGUCUGAUUGGCUGCUACAACACUGAAGGGAUGGAGCCACACAAUUUCCCCAGACAGUCCGACUACCGUCAUCCCUGGCGUCCUGAUCGUCCUUUCGGAUACCUUCCACUUAGUGAGCUCGACAGUGGGCUAGGUUGUGGACCCGAUAGCCCCGAUCACCGGAUGGCGCUCUCUGAGGCCGAGACGGACGCCAUGUCAUCGCUGCCAGGCCACACCCCUUCCUCUCAAGGCUCCUCCUCUUCCUCAGAAUCCCUCACCUCCUCUGAACCCAGCGACUCUGGCUUCCACAGCGUCAGCACCGGGGAACACCGGCGGCUGCACAAAAUUCAAGGGAGCCACGGCCAUCGGCAAUCUCACCAUCUCCGCACAGGCCACUCCCCUCGAGAGCAGAGAGGACGCUGGGAUCUGGAGUCCAUCCCUGAAACCUCUCAGAUGAGUCACCCUGGAGCCCCACUGGCCUCUCGCUGCACCGUGGGGAACAGCACGACCACGACAGUUCACUUCCACCGAGCGGAGCGGAGUCCCACUCGCCACCGAGCACCACCCUCCCCCUCCAUCGGUUGCCAUACUGAGCCCUGCCAGCGGAGAGCGCUGUGGUUGGAGCAGCAGCAGGGAAGAGGCGGGACGAUAGAAGCUCCAGGCCGGAGUCGAACGAUACAAGAUUUGACCGAGGUUCAGUGCCUCCGCAGGGCCAGUCACCCUAUUGUGACCGAUCCAAACACUCUGAGCAACGAGCUCCAGAACCACCAGCCCGGUACAGCCAGCAGCACUCUGGGGCCAAGGAGCAGGGCCAGUUAUCCCAGUAACUGCCACCCCAACAGUCACCUCAGUACAGACAGAACCAGUCUCACCAAUCAUCAGAACUCAUUGAGAACCAGCCAAGGCUCCGUUCGGAGCAGAGACGAGGACACCCUCUCCAAGAGUCCUGGAUCUGGCUCCAGUGGAGCUUCAGACUGGCGAGGCUUUCAGACCCUUGGGAAUCGCUCCGGCAACCUUAAAGGGAGUUCUGUUCCUGUUUACAGCACACUGGGUGCACCACAACGGAGGCCUCGCUCUCCACCCUCCCCCCGCUCCAGACUGUCCAAUCAGAAGUCAGUCAGGAAUCAGCUGCUCAGAGCCAGAGCUUACCGCUUGGCUAGGGAGCGCAGUGAGGUCACAACCGAUGAGGAGGUGCGAGGAGACGGGCGGAGACAACGGGAGGAUGAAGGAGAGGACGGCAGGUUGGUGGGUCGGUACUGUAGCCGGACGGAAAGGAGACGUCACCUGGCGCAGUCACGGCAGCACAGAGAGAGAAGAGGAGGGGAGGAGCUGGCCGGAGGAGGUCAGGGGUCACUGUCCUCUCAGACGGUGCUGGAGCUGAGCCACAUGAAGCAGAACCGGCUGAGGAACAGCAAACUGCUGGAUGACUGGACAACAGUGGAGGAGCUGCUGACUCAUGGGACCCGAGUGGAGAGUGACAGUCAGCUCUGUCCCAGCCCUCUGUUAUCGGUUACUACUGUCUGACUGCUCCCACCCAAUCCGACCAUCAGUAACUGACACAUCCAAUCACCACACAGCUCCAGAUUCACUGAAGGUUUGUGU